UUCCUCUCUUUAACCCCCCACGCUCACAAAGCACCACAGCUCUUUUAUCGACUCUAUACCAACACACCAAUCAAUCAUGGACCACUCGCAAGUAGCUACCCAAAGGAUCAGAGAUGAUGAGUUCGCCGCUGACAAGGCCAGGUUUGCAUCCUUCCGGUUAGGCGCAGGCCUUCCCAAUUCUCAUUCCUCCCUGCCCAGCUCAAGACCAUCGCAUUCACGUUCUCACUCUCGCAACAACUCUGUUUCUACAUCUCCCUCUCUUUCGUUCUCUGUUUCUAGUACCUCGACGAACGACAUGUCUCUUUUAUCUUCUUCUUCGUCAUCCCAUUCCAUCCCACCCAACAACAUCAGUGGCAGCAAGCGGCCGAACUCCCAUCACCGCCGGCGCUCCUCAGUAUCUACCCGCCGCGAAUCCGCUGAAAUCAUGGGCGUUUCUCUUCCAGAGCUGCCCCCGUCUCACAGCGAGGAUAACAUCAACCUCGGUGACAAGGACUCAAUCCGUCGUCGAGCCCUGUGGGCUCUCGAGGGAAAGUCAGAUUCAGGGUCCUUCUCACGCGUGGAGAUACCCGAGUUGAAUACGCCAGAGCUCGAGAGACGGAUUUCAGAUUUCCCAAGCAAGCCAUCUUUUCCUCCUGGGUUCGGCGGCAAUUUCGGCUCGGGCCUGAACAGUUUGGCCGGCAAGCGCGACUCGUUCGGUAAACACCUUCCAACUUCCUCUUCCACCAAAGAUCAGCUUCAUACCCUCGUGGAAGAGGAGGAGGAAGAGGAAGAGCACGAAGAGGUGGCUUCGCCAAUCGCUCUUGAGGCUCUACCGCGCAAUGAGGCUCCUGUGUCGGCUCCCGGCCGUCAUCGUCCCGUCGGACUUAACCUUCGCCCUCUCUCUCUGUUGCCAGAGACCUUGGGUUCUGCUGUCAACGGUGACCUGCCAACGCCCGAUUACACCCCAAGCGUCAAAUCUUCUGGGCUUCGGGAGCUGACUCUGGCUUCUUCGCCUAACCUGAGCUCAUCGGCAGCUUCGAAUGAUACUAGUUUCACUGCGCCAUCAACUCUUGCAUCAAGACGCCAGUCCCUCAUUCUCCCUACCAACGUUAUUCCUUCCCAGGCUUUAUUUCGCCGCUCUUCGCUGAACCUUCGCACCGACAGCCUUUCGUCCGUUUCCUCAGACGGAUUCGAGUCCAAGAAGCGUAGCAGCAUCUCUUAUAAGCCUGCUGCCUACGGUACAUCCUCUCAAGUCGUCGCAGGGCUACCCACUCCUGAUUUGACGCCCACUUCUGAGCGUCGUACCUCCACUAGUUCAUCCGAUAGCGAUUGGAGUGGAGGCCGUCCUUUUUCGAGUAGCGAGCAGUAUUUUCUUCACAAGUCGCACGCCACACUCCUUGCUCGGAUCACCGAUCUGGAGCGCGCAUUGUCCACCCGCCCAAUCUCUCGCCCGGUCUCACAAUCGUCCGAUGCUACCAUGCACUCCGAGCUUAGUGCCCCGGCCGAACCCAGUGACGAGAUGCUGCAGCUCAUAGCCGACCUUAAAGCGGAGCGCGACGAGCUGAAGAGGGAUGUGGAUGGGUGGCGUAACCGAGUCGCCGAUCUUGAAAAGCAGGCCGGUAAUCUCGCUCGGAGGGUCGACCAGGAGCGCAGAGAGGCAUGGGUUGCUCGCGAACGUGUGGGCCUUCUUGAAGUCGAGAAACGCGCUCUCAUCAAACUCGCUGAGGACAAGGCGCUCUUCGCCGAGGAGAUGCACAACAAGUGUCAAGCCCUUCAGCAGGAAUGUGCGCAAGUCACCGAAGACUACGAGAAGGUUCGAGAGGAGUUGGCGAGGGGUAAGGCGGCUGAAGAGGAGUGCAUCCGUCUCCGCGCUGCACUCGCGGCGGAAACUCAGCGGAGGGAGGAGCUGGAGAGGGAGCUGGAGGGCGCUGGUCUGCUCGCCACCCCUACACCUGCUGCAUUUCCUAUCAAGCCCGUCCCCACUGUCAUCAACCGUCGUCGGGGACUUGGCCUUCGUUCGAUUGAUUCCGAAGGUUCCUACACUGAAGUCGGGUCUGUCGACAGCAUGAACAGCAAGACUGGUUUCGAUCUCAGGGCCGUGACCGAGGAAGAGGAAUACUCCGAUGACGACGGCCUUGCUGGGUAUGAGGAUGAGCAGGACUCGGACGUGAGCUUCGGCUCCCCUAGUUGUUCAUCUUCCGCCUCCAUGGAUGAUCUUCCCCGCUCCAUCUCCCACUUGGAGAUCGAUAUUCCUGCCGACGCUCCUAUGUCCGUCUCAGCUACGCCAUCGCCACAGUCACCUUCUUCUCCCACCCACACCCGCGAAAACUCGCUGAGCAGAGCUUGGUCUUUCCCUGCCAAGGGUUCUGCACCUAUCUCUGCCCCGCGUCGGGUUGAAGAAGUCGAUCGAUUUUUCGGCUGCUUGGAGGAUUUGGAGGACUCGCCUCCUAUCCCCUCGACUGAGAAUCCUUUCUCGCGGAAGUUCUCCUUCGGUGACGAUGAAGAUGACGACGCACUCCCGCCCUUCGUACUUCCGGCUGACGUUGGGAUCGAGGUUGAAGACUCACCGCGGAUGUUGGAUAUUGUCGAAGAAGAGGAAGAACCCGAGGAAGAUUCGUUCUCUGAGCCGGAUGAUGAAUUUGUGGGCGAGGUCGACGAUGGCGGAAUCAAGUUCACUUUCAGCCUACCUGCUGACUUCGAAGUUUCCGAGCCAGAGCCUGUCAGCCCGUCCUCUCCUCGCUCUUCCCUCCACAGGAAACCCGUUCCGUUCUACGAACCACUCAGUGAGGAUGAGGAACCUUUCUCUUUCUCGCAGAGCAGCACACCGGUCUCUAUUCCUCCUACAACUCCGACCAGCUGUUCGCCUGUAUCGAGACGGUCAGGAGACCGCUCUGUCUCUCCUUCCUCAAUUCCCCGCGCCACAUCUCUAAAGAGAUUCGAAAUGCCCACGAAAAUUCCUGCUCCCCGGUUUACGCCCGAAGCAACAGCCAGUUCAUUCACGACAUCCUACACGACACGUGGCGCUUCUCGACCGUCUUUCAUUCCACAACCCUCCGUGAAGGUCGUUGCCAGCCCUUCAUCACCUUAUACCAGUCCCAAACCGACUCCGCCCAUGUUCCUACCUCAACCACAACGUAAAUCAUCGUCUCCCUCGUCUCAAGCCUCCACUGCCAACAGGAUCAAACUCGGGCAAAGUGACGGUGUCCGUGCCGGUGUCACAGCCAAUGGGCACACACUUAAACCCACAUCCAGGUCUUUUGACGUUGUCGCGCUCGAAUCAGAGCCUCUACUGAACGAAGAGGCGCCACAGCAUGACGACGACAAUACUGACACGACGAUGACGAGUCCUUCCAUGGCUGCACGACUUGCGUUCCAGAGUUUUACGAAUAUGAUACCCAAUCCCUUUUCUUGGUCUCCGCGUCUCGGGAGUCCAAGCGGGACCGGUACAGUUGCGGCCACCGCGGCUGCCUUGUGCAUGAUACCUGAGAGUCAGAGCUCGAGUACGAUUAUGUCUGGUGAUAGUUUCGAAGAUGGGUUUGGUAGAAGAUCUUCCGAGGUGAAGGAGGUCAAGAGGGGCUAUGUGCCGAAGGAGCGGCAGUUGGAGAAGCUGAGGUUGAGGAUGCGGUCGGAAAGCGGUGAGCAGCUUGGACCAAGUAUAGAGAUGUCGUGCAAGCGGUGUAGAGAGGGCGUGAUUCGUUUCUGAGAUACCUCACGCUCACUCCGCCCUUAUGACUUCAAUGACUUGUAUCCUGCUAACUUGCCUUCCUUUUUCGCUUACUUCCUCUCCACUUGUUCGGCUUGUAUUCCGUGCCACUGUUGUUGUUGAAUCCCCCAAACCCCUCCACCCCUCCACAUGUCUUGUUUCCAAUUCUUCUUGACUUAUUCCUUUGUGUUCCUUGUCAUAUAAUGUUAUUCUCUAUUGGCAUAGUGAGCUUGAUGCUUCCUAUUUCGUUUUCUGUUUCACUAUGUUUGGUUCUUUUUUUUUUCUUACCCUUGUAUAUAUCUCCCCCCCCCCCUCUCCCCUCCCCUUGAUCAAUUGACCACCGGCAGUGCCGACCACUCCUGAUCCUCUGUGGUACAUUUCAUCAAAGCACUUUGUCAGUUGUAUAUGUACUCGCCUGGAUUUGGACACUCUGCUAGGACGUUUUCCCCUCUCCCUCUCUGUCCUUCCCAAACCUCCCUCGCUUGAGGGUCUUUUACCGCCCGGAAUCAUUCGUUUGUUUUCGUCGACACGUUUGGUUCGGACAGUCAUUGGUCGAUUUUCACUACUAGCGUCCAACUCUCCUCUGUUUAUCUGUCUCGCUCAGUUUUGUCGUUAUACGUUUGCGAUCUGCAAUGGAUCCAAUAUGAUUAUGU